GUUAUAUUCAUGUCAUAAGUAAUUAACGUUAAUUAGCGCACAGCGUAGGAGAGAAUUGAAAAUCGAAUUUAGUUUUAUUUGAACGCUAAUAAAGUUCAGGUGCAUAACAGUCAAUGUUUUGCGAAUUAAGUGUGUUGUGUGUAUGAUUUAAAACAGAGAAGCAAUCGAUGUAAGUGCAGCACUAAAUAAGUGAUAAGAGAAUAAAUCUGCGAAUAACGAAAACAAAUUUCGAUAUCAACUUUUGUUUUUGUUUUUAAAAAACGCCCUUUUGUGCGCAGUCAGAGACGGAUCAUUAUUUAUCCAUUCAGUGCAAUUGUGUCUAUCGAGCCGCUUAGUCAUGGCUCGGGAGGACGAGGAACGCAUCGUGGACAACGAGGAGUUGGCAGUCAACGAGGAGACUCCGAGCGCGGAUCGUGGACGCCAGGAUAAUGAGUUGGCUCUACCCUCCGGCGGCUGUUGCAUGCCAACGAGCACCUGUCAUCGAUUCCAGGCGCUGGUAUUUAUGUGCCUGCUCGGCUUCGGCUCGUACUUUUGUUACGAUAAUCCGGGCGCCUUGCAAUCGGUCUUCAAGAGGGAGUUGGAUCUGAGUGCGACACAGUUUACGCUCAUCUACUCGAUCUACUCGUGGCCCAAUGUCGUACUCUGCUUCGUAGGUGGAUUUCUGAUUGAUCGUCUAUUUGGUAUACGUCUGGGCACGAUUAUCUAUAUGCUUAUCUUGCUGGUGGGUCAGCUAAUCUUUGCCAGCGGAGCGCUUUUUAACACCUUUUGGCUAAUGAUACUCGGCCGAUUCAUCUUUGGCAUUGGCGCCGAAUCGUUAGCAGUGGCACAGAACAGUUAUGCUGUGCUCUGGUUCAAGGGCAAGGAGUUGAACAUGGUGUUCGGUCUGCAGCUCUCAGUUGCUCGAUUUGGCAGCACCGUCAACUUUUGGGUCAUGCAACCGAUCUAUAACUAUGUGAGCAAGUUCUAUGAGGGAUAUCGUGGCCUUGGCGUCGUACUGUUGCUGGCCACGGUCACCUGUGUAAUGUCGCUGAUGUGUGCCCUCGUGCUGGGCUGGAUGGACAAGCGGGCGGAACGGAUCACACAGCGCAACAAUAAUCCCUCCGGGGAAAUACCCAAGCUAACGGAUGUUUUCACAUUCAAGGCGCCCUACUGGAUGGUCUCGAUCAUUUGUGUUGCCUAUUAUGUGGCCAUCUUUCCAUUUAUUGCGCUCGGCCAGAAGUUCUUCAUGGAUCGCUUCGGCUAUACGGAGGCGGAGGCAAACACUGUCGACUCGCUGGUCUAUCUAAUUGCUGCAGUGUCUUCGCCUAUCUUUGGCUUCAUCAUCGACAAACUGGGCCGGAAUGUCACCUGGGUGAUGACGGCUACGAUCACAACGAUUGCGGCACAUCUGCUGCUCACGUUUACCCAAGUGACACCCUAUGUGGGCAUGAUUAUAAUGGGCUUAUCAUAUUCCAUGUUGGCUGCCAGUCUCUGGCCCUUGGUAGCGCUCAUCAUUCCCGAAUAUCAACUGGGCACCGCCUACGGCUUUUGUCAAUCCGUACAGAAUCUCGGCCUGGCUGUCAUCACCAUUAUCGCUGGCAUCAUAGCCGAUCAGAGCAAAGACGAUCAUACCUGGGUGCAGCUAUUCUUCAUGGGCUGGCUAACACUUGCCCUAAUAGCCACCAGCGUGAUCUGGGCUUAUGACAAGAAGCAUCGCGGCAAUCUCAACAUGAGCCCAGCUCAACGGGCGUCAUUUAUCAAUUCGGCCAAUUAUCAGAAUUUUGAAUAAGGAAUUACAAUAGGCCAGCAUCCUGUAUGGAAGGGCCGCCUUGCGAUAAUUCUUUUUAUUAUUAAUUUGCUUAUUCAAGGGCCCCAAAUGCGGGUCUCAUUUUUACAAACUCUGUGAAAAGACGGGUCUAUGUUGAUCUUUGCCAAUGUGAUGAGCGAACAGUGUAUCGCUAGGUAUUUACUAAUCGGAAUUGUUUGUCAAAAAGAAAGUACACACACACACAGACAGAUUUACAUAUUAUAUAUAUAUUACAUUUAUGUAUUUUUAG